CAUCUUUACACCAGUUGCUAAUAAGGUAGGAUCAACAUGUUUAAAUCUUUAGCUAAUAGAAAUAGCUGCGUUGUAGCUGUUUUGCAAUAAAAAAGUGUGUAUUCACAGAAGUACAUUUUUGACUGGCAUUAUAUAGUGUCAACAAGAACAAACGGUUUUGAUUCUCUCUGGUAAAGUUGCAAUUGCUUGAAUACUGAAAAGAUUAAGUUACAAUAUAUACCAUGCUGCAUUUAGUUUUGAAAAUGAUUAAAAACAAAAGUACUAAAUAGACUUAAUGUGGGUAAAAUGCAGUUUCUAUUGAAGAAUUAGUGACACCAACUAUCCAUUUGAUGAAAACAUUACAUGUAUUGAAAAGUAUGUGUUUAAAAGAUAUAAUUUAAGUCACCGUUUGCUUUUCCCCCCCGAUUCAGAAUAAAGAUGGAUUGUCCCUGGGUUGUGACCACACUCUGGUUGAUCUAUGCACCUUUGGUUUAUGGUAGCAAAGUGCUUGUUGUUCCAGUGGACGGGAGCCACUGGGUGAACAUGAAUGUCAUUGUAAAGGAACUAUACUCAAGGGGGCACCAGGUUUCUGUUCUGCGAUCAUUCGACAGCUGGUAUAUCAAGGAAACAUCCCAAUUCUAUACUUCAGUCACACUUGAUGCUGAGUCUGGAUUUGAUGAAGAUUUUUUAACUAAGUUUGUGGCCCAACUCCUGAAUAUCCAGAGGGAAGGGAAGUCUGCUUGGACACGUUUUAAACUGGAAAUGGAACUAAUACAAAAGGGUUCUGAGAUGAACCAGAAAAUGGGCAAAAUGCUUGAGCUGCUUUUCGAAAACAAAGAUCUAAUACAGUCACUGCAGGAUGCUAAAUAUGACCUUGUCCUGGCAGACCCGUUUAGCCCAUUGGGUGUUAUACUUGCUCACUACCUGAGGUUGCCAAUUGUUUUUAAUGUCAGAUGGACCGGUCAAGGUGAAGGCCAUUUUUCAAUUGCACCUUCUCCUCUGUCUUAUAUUCCAAUGCCAGGGUCUGAGCUAUCAGAUAAAAUGAGCUUUCCUGAGAGAGUUCUUAACGUCAUGAUUUUUGGAUUCACAGAAUUUCAAAUAGCACAUUUUGUUUCACCAAUUUAUGAUCCUAUUAUAAAAAAAUAUUUAGGUCCGGAUGCAGAUUUCCUUUCACUGUUUCAAGCAGCCGACCUGUGGCUGAUGAGAGUGGAUUUUGUGUUCGAGUUCCCUCGACCCACCAUGCCUAAUGUUGUCUACAUGGGAGGCUUCCAGUGUAAACCUGCAAAACCUUUGCCUCAACACCUAGAGGAUUUUGUCCAGAGCUCUGGAGAACAUGGAGUGAUCAUCAUGUCUCUGGGGACUUUUAUUAGCACACUUCCGCAGGACUUAGCUGAUGAGAUCGCUACAGCUUUUGCUAAAUUACCUCAGAAAGUCAUCUGGAGGUACAAAGGGGACAGACCGGCUACUCUGGGCAACAACACUUUACUCGUUGACUGGAUGCCACAGAAUGACCUCCUGGGACAUCCAAAGAUUAAACUAUUUGUGGCCCACGGGGGAACCAACGGAGUUCAAGAGGCAAUUUACCAUGGAGUUCCUAUACUGGGACUUCCAUUGAUUUUUGACCAACAUGAUAAUCUAUUCAGAAUUGAAGUCAGAGGAGCAGGAAAGAUAAUCGAUUUUUUUACUAUGAAUGAAGACAUCUUAUUUCAGGGUAUUCAGGAAGUCUUGACUGAGCCCUCCUACAGGCUGAACAUGCAGAGACUCUCCAGGCUGCACAGAGAUCAGCCAAUGAAACCACUGGACACUGCCCUCUUCUGGAUAGAGUUUGUCAUGAGACACAAAGGUGCAGCUCACCUGAGAACGGAGUCCUACAGACUGCCCUGGUACUCCUACCACUCUGUAGAUGUCAUAUUGUUCUUGACAACAGUUGCACUAGUUAUUUUGUUAUUAUUUGCUGUGUUGUUAUGGUCAUGCUUCAGAUUGUGUAUCAAAAGAAAACUCAAAUCUGACUAACAAGGAAGGAUUUAUCAGAUGUUACAGUUAGUUUGAAUGAUCAGUUGAACACUGAAAGAGCAGGUUUUUCGUCUUGGACUGUCCUUUGACCUGACUGUACAUUACAUCACAUUAAUCAUAGUCUUUGAAAAAAAAAGAACAAUCAAAAUCAACUUGUUAAGUGAAAUCUGUUUGAUUAAAAUGGUAUGUCAUAACGUCAACAUUUGUUCUUGCCUGUAAUCUAAAGAGAGCAUAUUACCACUUAGCAGUUUAUGCCUUUCAGACUACAGUGGUUUUCCUACCACACUGUAGAUGUGAUGCUACUGUCACUUGAACUUGUGCUGAUGAUGCACUUUUGUGGCCUUAAUAAGGUGUUCAAGCUUUAAAUGCUGUCUGAGAAUGGAAGGUAAAGGCAAUUUGAAAAGAAUCAUUGCGUUGGUUUGAUUCCUGUUGAACAACAAAUCUAGAUAAUUCCGUGCUUGAUAAUUAUAAUCACAAGAGGAAACAUCCUGUUUGUUGAAGGAUGAAUGAAGUCAUCUCACUAUAUUCUUACAAUAAUGUUAUUUCAUGUACUUAGUACUCUGUGUAUAAAAACAUUUCAUAUGCUU